ACUUGAUGAUGAGCAGAACGAAGCGCACAAAGUUAACACGAAGGUCCGCUAGGGUUUGACAGCAUUCCCCUCUGGAGGGGUUCACACAUACUUAUAUCCUCUCUUCCUCUCCCUUCUCAGACUGCUUGCUGCUCCUAAGCCUCAGCAGCCUCUCUCUCUCUCUCUCGCCUUAUCGGUGCUUUUGACCUUUAGAAGAGAAAGUAUUUUUGUUUGCAGUUGCAAAGACUAGACAAGAUGGUGAAGUUUACAGCUGAGGAGCUCCGUCGGAUUAUGGACUAUAAGCAUAACAUUCGUAACAUGUCUGUUAUUGCUCAUGUCGAUCAUGGGAAAUCAACACUUACCGAUUCCCUUGUUGCUGCUGCGGGUAUCAUUGCUCAAGAAGUUGCAGGUGAUGUCCGGAUGACAGAUACCCGCCAGGAUGAAGCAGAGCGCGGUAUCACAAUUAAAUCUACUGGUAUUUCUCUCUACUAUGAGAUGAGUGAUGAGUCACUGAAGAGCUACAAGGGAGAGCGACAAGGAAAUGAGUAUCUUAUCAAUCUUAUUGAUUCCCCCGGGCAUGUUGACUUUUCAUCUGAGGUCACUGCAGCACUUCGUAUUACUGAUGGUGCACUUGUGGUGGUAGAUUGUAUUGAAGGUGUUUGUGUCCAAACUGAAACUGUCCUCCGCCAGGCCCUUGGAGAAAGGAUACGGCCUGUCUUAACUGUUAAUAAGAUGGACAGAUGUUUCCUUGAGCUUCAGGUUGACGGGGAGGAGGCUUACCAAACAUUCCAAAGAGUAAUUGAGAAUGCAAAUGUCAUUAUGGCGACAUAUGAGGAUCCCCUUCUAGGUGAUGUGCAGGUGUACCCUGAGAAAGGAACUGUUGCCUUUUCUGCUGGUUUGCAUGGUUGGGCUUUUACUCUGACCAACUUUGCAAAGAUGUAUGCCUCAAAGUUUAAGGUGGAUGAGGCAAAAAUGAUGGAAAGGCUGUGGGGCGAGAAUUUCUUUGACCCUGCUACCAAAAAAUGGACUAGCAAGAAUACUGGUUCCCCUACCUGCAAGCGUGGUUUUGUUCAGUUCUGUUACGAACCCAUUAAGCAGAUCAUCAACACUUGCAUGAAUGAUCAGAAGGACAAGUUGUGGCCUAUGCUGCAGAAGCUUGGUGUGGUCAUGAAGGCUGAAGAGAAGGAGUUGAUGGGGAAAGCGCUGAUGAAGCGUGUCAUGCAGACUUGGCUUCCUGCUAGCUCUGCUCUCCUGGAAAUGAUGGUUUUUCACCUCCCUUCACCUGCCACGGCACAGAAGUACCGUGUUGAGAACUUGUACGAGGGACCUCUUGAUGAUCAAUAUGCCAAUGCUGUUAGAAACUGUGAUCCUGAUGGCCCUCUUAUGCUCUAUGUUUCAAAGAUGAUUCCUGCAUCCGAUAAAGGUCGAUUCUUUGCUUUUGGUCGUGUUUUCUCUGGGAGGGUGUCAACAGGUUUGAAAGUCAGAAUCAUGGGUCCAAAUUAUGUUCCUGGGGAGAAGAAAGACUUGUACGUGAAGAGUGUUCAGAGAACUGUUAUUUGGAUGGGAAAGAAGCAGGAAACAGUUGAGGAUGUUCCCUGUGGUAACACAGUUGCCAUGGUUGGUUUGGAUCAAUACAUCACUAAGAAUGCAACCUUGACAAAUGAGAAGGAAGUUGAUGCCCAUCCGAUCCGAGCCAUGAAGUUCUCUGUCUCGCCUGUCGUCCGUGUGGCUGUGCAGUGCAAAGUGGCAUCUGACCUUCCCAAACUUGUUGAAGGUCUGAAGCGGUUGGCAAAGUCCGAUCCUAUGGUGGUUUGUACUAUUGAGGAGUCUGGGGAGCACAUUAUUGCUGGUGCUGGAGAACUCCACCUUGAAAUCUGUUUGAAGGAUUUGCAGGACGAUUUCAUGGGUGGAGCUGAGAUUGUAAAAUCAGACCCUGUAGUGUCAUUUCGGGAGACUGUUCUUGAGAAGUCAUGCCGAACCGUGAUGAGCAAGUCUCCCAACAAGCACAACCGUUUAUAUAUGGAAGCCAGACCGCUGGAAGAAGGGCUUGCUGAGGCUAUUGAUGAUGGCCGUAUUGGUCCAAGGGAUGAUCCUAAAGUUCGUUCCAAGAUCUUGGCUGAGGAGUUUGGCUGGGACAAGGAUCUUGCAAAGAAGAUCUGGUGUUUUGGUCCAGAAACCACCGGCCCUAACAUGGUUGUUGAUAUGUGUAAGGGUGUUCAGUAUCUUAAUGAAAUCAAGGAUUCUGUUGUUGCUGGGUUCCAGUGGGCGUCAAAGGAAGGUGCAUUGGCUGAAGAAAAUAUGAGGGGUAUAUGCUUUGAAGUGUGUGAUGUUGUUCUCCAUGCUGAUGCCAUUCACAGAGGUGGCGGUCAGGUCAUUCCUACUGCUAGGCGGGUUAUUUAUGCUUCCCAAUUGACGGCCAAGCCACGGCUCUUGGAGCCUGUGUACUUGGUGGAGAUUCAAGCACCAGAGCAGGCCCUUGGUGGCAUCUACAGCGUCCUGAAUCAGAAACGUGGGCAUGUAUUUGAGGAGUUACAAAGGCCUGGAACCCCGCUGUACAACAUAAAGGCAUAUCUUCCUGUGGUUGAGUCGUUUGGAUUCUCAAGCACAUUGAGAGCUGCAACCUCUGGGCAGGCUUUUCCGCAGUGUGUGUUUGAUCACUGGGAUAUGAUGGCUUCUGAUCCGUUGGAGGCUGGUUCACAGGCUGCAACUUUAGUCUCGGCCAUCCGCAAGAGGAAGGGAUUGAAGGAGCAGAUGACUCCUCUCUCUGAUUUCGAAGACAAGCUAUAAAUUGUCAGCUCAUUGUCAUCUAAAUCACAGUAAGGUAAUAUCGUCGAGCGACAUUAAAUGUCGCUUCGCAUCUAUUUUUGUGAUUGUUCCCGUGAAGUAUUAUUUGUUAUCUAUUGGCAGUUGAGCCCUUUUAUUUUUCUUGUCGUGUUCUAAUUUAGAUAUGGCUUUGUAAGGAUAGAGAUGUUUUAUUUUCUUUUACAUGAUCGUUUCUUGAGUUGUUCCAAACUUGUCUUGUUCGGAGAAACAAUGAGACUGUUUGAUCUUUGAAUAGGUGCAAGUUUUUAAGAUUAAAUUUAAUUAUAUUGUUGUGGAUGUUACUCUGCA